AUGUGCAGCGAUGAGCAGCUGGUGACGGCCUUGUUUGAGCGGGUGACCCCUGGGGUGGUGUCCAUCGCCAAAGAGCCGCCGCCCCAGGACACGCUGGGGGAGAAGCCAUCGCCCGCGAUCGCGGGCAGCGGCUUUGUGUGGGACAAGAAACAUGUGGUCACCAACUUCCAUGUGAUCUCUGAGCUGCAGACGACCUUCGUCACCUUCUUGCUGAAAGACGGCUCAGGGCCCAGGCGUGUGAGCUACCGAGCGGAGGUGAUUGGCUACGAUUCCACGAGCGACGUGGCAGUCUUGGAAGUGCUGACUCCGGACGGCUCUGGCUUGCCCAAAGAUCUGAUGCAGCCCCUGAAGCGCGGCCGCUCCGAGAAGCUGCUGGUGGGUCAGAACGUUUUCGCCUUUGGCAAUCCAUUCGGCCUGGAGCACAGCCUCAGCCGCGGCAUCAUCAGCGGUGUCUCUCGGCGCCUGGAAAGCGCUGGCGGUCGGCCCAUCAGCGGCGUGAUCCAGACAGACGCCAGCAUUAACCCCGGCAACAGUGGCGGGCCUUUGCUGAACAGCGAGGGCCAGGUGAUCGGCGUGAACACCGCCAUCCUCUCCGGCAGCGGCAUGUUCGCCGGCGUGGGCCUCGCCAUUCCCAUCGACACGGUCUCCAAGAACGUGGAGAGCAUUCUGUCCAGAGGCUUUGUGAAGCGGCCACUGCUGGGCCUGGUGUUUGCGCCGGACGUCAUGGACCAAGAGCUUCAGCUCAAUGGCAUCAUGGUGAUGAGGGUGGUCCCUGACGGCCCGGCUGCGGCGGCGGGGGUUCGGCCCAUGCGUGGCGGGCGCUUGGGAGACGUGGUGAUCUCCAUGGAUGGCAGGAGGAUCACCUCCACGGACGACCUCUUCGGCAUGCUGGAGACCAAAGCGCCCGGGGACGUGGUGACUCUGCGGCUUCAGCGGCCCAGCGCGGACGAAGGCGGCGAAGAACAAGACAAUCCUCCGCAAAGUCUGGGGAUAUAG